GAGAAAAAUUAUAAAUGUCUGAUACGCAGAUUUUUUUAUAACUGCGGGUUUUUGGGAGGUGCUAGUCAAGGCAUUUUACUCUUAAUUGUGGGGUGUUAUAGGACUGGUAAUGGAAUCCAGUAAGGGGGGCGUAAAAUCAAUGGUCAGAGCCGGCUGCUGUAUUAGUAAACAAAAUGGCUGGCGAGGAGAGGUCCAGGCAGGAAUUCGCCUCAAUUCUGGCCGGCAUCAACCGCAAAUUCGACAUUAUUCACGCGAAAUGGCUGGACGAAAAGAAUUUCGAGGCGAAAUUUCGUUCGCAGAUACCGCGCGACAACGAGGAUUACAACGGUAUGUGCGAUCAAUGGGUGGACCUCUUCUCCGACAUCACCAGGACCACUUGGGUAAAGAAGAUAUCGAACACCGGCCCCAAAAUUAAAUUCCGAAAGCAGUACCAGUGCUGGACACACACUGGUAAAGUGCAAAAAGAAUUACUCUUCGACGCCAGGAAAUGCAGAGCAACCACCGACGUGAAAGUGCUCACAGAUAAUCCUCACACGAGGAGGAAGAACAAAUACAUCAAAGCAGGUCUUAACAUAGUUGUAAAGAUAAAUUUCACUCAUCUCCAUAAUGCUGAUAUUAACAAACCAUAUUCCUUCUUCGUGCACAUGUGUGAGCCUCAAGCAGAGCCUCUAAAACCAAUAGUGCACUCAAAUGAAAAACUGCCUAAAAUGAUAGCAGAUAUAGUGGAGAAAGGCAAGAAGGCUGUACCAGUACAGAAAGAUACAGAGCAUCAGCAGAAUGAGGUGCAACCACCACAACAGAUGGCCAACAACAAUCAAAUGAUUCAAGUACAGAACCUCGAUCAACUCAACAUGAUACAAUUGAACCAAAUGGUGCCAUUGCCAGGCCUUGAAGCAAUUAAAUUGGAAGUUCAACCGCAGAUUGCACAAGUCAUGGUUAGCAGUUCACAAAUUGAUAUGAUUGAACCAUUACUUGUCUGCCAACCCACUUUAAUGUUUAACCAGACCCAAGUGAUUCCAGUCUCCAGCAGCUCAUAUGUUCAUGUCCCAAACCCACAGAAUAAUCCACAAAACUAUUAACUUGAAAACAAACAAAAAAAUAUAUAAAUCAAUGCAGAUUCAGUGAUAGAAGUUAUAGCAAGAGCAUUUGUAGAUCAAUCUGCAUGUCAGUAAAUCAA